AGGUACGUAUUAUUUUGCGUUCGGACUCAAAUAUGUUGUUUUAUGAUAGUGGUGUACUAAUGUUGUAAACGAGUGGCGAAGUCACCUUCACUAUAUAUUGGUGCAAAACAUCGGUGUAUUUCAAUUACCUGGUGUUUAAUCAUGGAUCAAGACACCCCAGAGGAGGUCCUUGCAGAAUUCAAGGACAGGCGUCUGGGAGCCUGGGGUAUUUUCCAAAUAACAGCUGGCACAGGACUAGCAGUGUAUGCCAUGUGGGCAGGAGUUCUCAUGCCAGGCUUUCGAAAAGUUCCACUGAGAUUACAGGUGCCAUACCAACCUGCCAGCAGAAUCCAAGUAAACAAUGUUAUGACGUUGUUGAAAGGUCGACAUGGAACCCUUGUAGACUUGGGCUCAGGCGAUGGAAGGAUUGUGCUAGAAGCCAACCGUCAGGGCUUCAGUCCUGCUGUGGGGUACGAACUGAACCCGUGGCUUAUUUCUCUGGCUCGCUUCCAUGCAUGGAGAGCAGGACAAUAUGAGAAGGUGUCUUUCAGACGAGAAGACCUGUGGAAGGUUAGCCUGGCAGACUGUAAGAAUAUCACCGUUUUUUUGGCCCCCAGCGUGCUGUCUUUGUUGCAGAAGAAGUUGCUAACUGAGCUACAAGAUGAUGCUGUAGUGGUGUCCGGUCGGUACCCCUUUCCUGAGUGGAUCCCCAGCAGGACUGAGGGGUGUGGUGUUGAUCAAGUCUGGGCUUAUAGCAUUCAGGCUCAGAGACUUCCAGCAGAAGCAGUUACAGCUCCUAAAUAAGAGAUUCAAAACCAACAACUUGACUAAAUCUGAACAAGUGAGAACCCAGCAGUCUUGCAAGUUAAGUUUUGUUAAGUUUUUUAUUUAUUUAUUUAAGACGUUUUGAUCCUUACAACUUGUCAGGGUAGGGAUUCAUAACCUAGCGUACUACAUGUAUUACUACAUGUAUUGUAAGUUUAAUUGCUUGUUCUUGUAACUAGUAUGCGUGAUUCCAUUAUUGUAUUUGACUCAAGAACCGCUUUGAUAUGGAAACAUAUUUAAAUGCAAGUGAUUUGUAUCAACUUAAAAGGAGCAUGCAGUGAUAUUCUGACAAGAACCAAACACCAAUACUCUACUGUAGACGUACUCAGGGGAAUGUGUGGCUCUGCAAAUUAUACAAAUAUUUUUAAUAAAUGUAGUAAUAUUUCUAAA